UGUCACUGUCAGUCAAUUUUCAACUGUCAAGUCUAUGGUGUCAUUCUCGAAAUCAGCGUGUUGUUUGUUUUGGUCUUUAAUUUCGUACUUGACUAACUAAAUCUAUCUGAACUGUAUGGCAAGAAAAAAGUGGCCUUAACAUUAACGUUAUUAGUGCUUUGCUAUAAAAGAUGUCGACUCUGAUUUUAUGUGCUUUUCGUAUGACAUACAGUAAAGCCCAGUAUUUUAGAGCUCUGAAUUAUUCUUCACAACCGGAACAAGCCAGCAGAAGAUGUUUAGGAAAGGUAGUAAACGUAGCUAUUAUCGGUGCUCCAAACUCUGGGAAGAGUACACUGAUCAAUAAAGUUACGGAAAGAAAGAUAUGUGCAGCAUCUAAUAAAGUACACACAACAACGAAACUUGUGAGAGCUAUGACAUAUCAAAAUGACACACAAAUUAUAUUUUUAGACACUCCUGGAGUGGUCACUGAAAAAGAACAAAAGAAGUACAAUCUACCGGAGUCCAUGAUCAAGGCGUGCCACAAGAGCCUAAGGUGUGCUGAUGUUGUUGGUGUAGUGCAUGAUGUCUCAAAUAGAUACACCAAGGACUCCCUUCACUCUGAUGUCAUUCACAUGCUGAAUAUGAUAGAAGAUAUUCCAAGCUUCUUAAUACUAAAUAAAGUUGAUAAAUUAAAAUCCAAACAUCAAUUAUUAUCAAUAAUAAAGAAUCUUACAAAUGGUGCUAUUGCUGGUAGACCUAUACCGGGCACUGACAAAAACAAAAGUAAAAUUGAGAAACAUAUGAAAGGGUAUAGCAAAUUCUCAGAUGUAUUUUUAAUAUCUGCUUUAAAUGGAGAUGGUGUGCAAGAUAUUAAGGAAUACCUAAUAACAAAUGCAAAGACUGCUAAUUUCCAAUACUCUCCUAAUGAAUGGUCAGACCAGAGACCAGAGUCAUUAAUAGAGGAAGCAGUCAGGGCUAAAUUUUUAGACUUCUUGUCACAGGAAAUACCAUACAAAUUAAAUGUUCAACUUGAGUACUAUGAAGAAAUUGAGGAAGAGGAGAAAAUUCUAUGUUCAGUCUCUGUGGAGUGCCCCAACGAGAGGUUGUCGCGGUUAAUAGCCGGCGCCGGCGGCGGAAGAUUACAGCAAAUUAAAUCGCACAUACGAAGUGAUUUAGUCGAUUUAUUUAAGAAAACUGUAAUUAUUGAUCUUAAUUUAAGAAUUAAAGAUAAACCGAAUGAUUCAUUGCCAGUUCUGUAAAAGAAUUUCGUGUUGCAGUUCAAUGGCCUUUGUCAAUACAAAAAGAUGAGAAAAAUAUAGAAGUAUUUUAAUUUUGUAUCCAUAAGCCAGAGUAGUAUGAAUGCAGCACCUCAGUGUAUUAAGUUCCCACUGAAAGACCAGCAGACAGUCGGCAAAAACGUCAACUGCUCUUUCAGUGGGGAUUGACCAUAAAUCACGCCAUCUUUGACAGAACUUUAUAAUGGUAUUGAUAAUCGAUUAUAAUGAUAAUGUCGUGGUUUAGACAUUUAUAAAUUAUAUAAAUAAAUAAUCAAAAUUACGUUGA